AUGGACGACGUCCGGCCACCAUUGCCUCUAGCCCGACAUGGUCCCGCUUGGAUUCGCAACGAAGUGCGCAGGUGGUGGAUAGAGAGUUCAACUCAUGCAAUAGUUUUGUGUUCUCUAUUCAUCCUGUUCAUCGGCUAUUUUCUAAGCACCUUUUCGCUCAAGCUCUUUUCUGGCAUUUGCCAUUACAUCAUUGAAUAUCUCCGCGCGGCAUUGUGGGACCAAGUAGUACAAGAGUCAUGCGGCGCAAUCAAGCGCGAACUUACGCCUUUCUGGUCGUUGACAUUUUCUGAAUAUAUGCGAUUGAACAGAUGCCUGGGGAACGAAGCUGGAUUUGACCGACAGGGCAAACUUCUGCAGGCUCCGCGAGACUUCGUAUUGUAUCUUUUGAGACCUUUUGGAGCAUCCCUUAUACCGGUACUGAUUAUUGUUAUAUGCAUAUAUUUCGUUGGCCCAUGGGGUUUUCGACAAAUUCAAGACACUCUCAUUUACCUCAUCACAACUCCAUGGACUAUAGCACUAAUGACAGUCUCUGCCCCUAUCAUUCUGUACAUCAUGGGGUUCUUCACCACUUUCGCCGUUGUGGUAUUUGUUAUUGUCGCCGGAUCCAUUCUUCUCUUCGCAAUUGAGCUAUGGCCAGCUAAUGAUGCGGCCCAAGGCUUACGGACUGCAGUCGAGAACCCAGCAUUCUCGUUUGUUACUUCUCUCUAUAGUUAUAUAGCGGCACAAUCUAUAUCUACAUGGCAAGCCCUGCACGAUACCCCGUGGAUGCAGCAUCGGGAGUGUGUACAUGCUCCGUUAUGCCAAUGCCAAGAAAGGCUGGAUCGCACCCUCGCCCAAGCCGUACAUGAACAACAGAAUCUUGCAAGCCGUAAUCAACAACUGAGAGAAUUGCUCACGGAAUCCGAGUUUCGAGUUGAGGGCUUGCAGACCACCGUCAGAGAUUUGCAAGUUGAUCGGGAUAAUUACAAAUACAUGGCCGAACUUCCUCCAAGAUCCAACACCACUCGCGCCUCUGGAGGUUUUCAUCCCUGGGGCUGGGGUGUUGCUCCAACGAAUCCUGAUCUCACUGCUGCCCUAGACGACGCAAGAUCCAGGAUUGGAAUCUUGUUAGGAGAAGCAGACAAUGCAAAGGCUUUAAGGCUGAGGGAGCUAGCUGCUCACGAGGCUAGUGUCAACAAACUUCAGGCUCAAAUCAACUAUUCUCAAGGCGCCGGACAUGACAUGUCUCACGUUCAGGGAGAGCUGGAAAAUGCGAAAGCCAGGGUUAGGACACUAGACCGUGGACUCAAAGAAUUAACAUUAACGGCAUCGGCAUUACGGAUGGAACUCGCUAAAGAGAGGGAGAAUCAUUCGGAGAAGUGCCAGAACCCGGCGAUCUGUCAAAGGCAGAUACUCGAACUGAAGGUUGAUUGUGAGAAAUAUCGACUCUAUCAGCUCGAGAACGACCUCCUAGCUCGCGCAUCAGCUCAGAAACUGCGUGGGCUGACUGCUAAGGAUGUCGUCCACAUCACCAUCAGAUCCUACUUGCAUGAGAUGACGGUGAAGUUCUUAGAAUUUCAGGCACAGGGAACUCCAGGCCUUAACACUACCAAUCUGCAAGUCGAGCUGAUCCGAAAAGACUAUGCGGAGCAGACUGCGAUCAAAGAAAGACUCGAGCGUGAAUUAGAAAGACUUGGAGGAGAUGUAGUGGCUGUGCGUAUGGGAAGAGACACGACUCGACCUCAAGAUUGGAGAACAGAGACACUCACAUAUGAACAAAAUCAUUAUCGAGUGUUCCCCAUAUACGAAGAGCUUACACAGACCGUGAUCAACCUUCAUGAUUUACUUGUAGCAUUCUUCCCGAACAAAGUCCCAGCUUGGCAACCUGAACCAGCACGGAAUGAUGCAACACAAUGGCCAGUUGGUAGACCACCAGAAUCGAUGCAGCUGCUGCUACAAUACAGCACUACGAAUGCAUCCAUUAACCCAACUGCAUUGCACGAAGAGGCUUUGACAGAAAAGCUGGUGGUGUUAGAAUGCCAACGAUGGUACAAUAGAGGCGUUCAACUGCUUGCGACCUUCGUCAGGUGCUGUCAAGAAACUUCUUCUCAGCAACUAGUCACCAAGGAACAGGCUGAGUAUCUUGAAGGAAUAUCAACGGGAGCGGACCGAGUUCUCAAGCGAGUUCUCCAUGCUGUUCUCAUGGCUAUGGUAAUGCUCAAGAGAGAUAAGACCGAGAGACAGCCGAAUGCACGAGAGAAAAAGCGAUUCGAAAUCUAUACCGCGAUGCAGCACUCAAUUACCGCACUAACAAACUCAAUCAUUGAAAAUCAGAAAAUAGUUCCUCGUUGGUCUAUUCUGCUUCCGGCCAAAAGUCAACCAAUCACCCGAGCAGACGACCUUGCAACGGCUCUUGUCAUCCAAGAGAUGAUUACUCUUGAAAGCCGGAUCAUUCAGCUGAAGCGGUUCAUGAUCGACUUUCAGCUGCCCGGAACUAUACAUGGCCCUAUGCAGAGUCAGAUUCAAGGAGACAAUGGCCGGUAUAGCAAGGAAUACAAUACACGUGUUGCAGCGAUCACAUUUGCAGAGCUCACAAUGGCUCACUGGAUGGUCUGGAAAGCUCAGAAACCGGAACAGGUAUAUGGCGACAACGGCAUACCACUGCUUAACGAGAAAAAGGAACCAGUAUUCCGACCGAGGCCAUCGACUGAUGUUCAAUUGCUGCCCUUGAAAUGGGAAGACUUUAUGGUUGCCAUCAAAAUGAAGAAUGCGGAGGUCAAAGAGCAGGAUAAAGACAAAUGGCCAGAGGACCAGAGCCCAAUGCUUGUCAUUGAUCCUCAGCUAGGUCCAAGGAUCAAAUUUGUGCCCAACUCGGAGUUGAAGGACCAGAAAAGCAACAAUGGCAAAUCUGUCAAAGAUAAGGCUGAUAAGGGUGACAAGAAGGGCAACGAGAAUCAGAACGAUACUGGGAGCGAUGCUGACAAGCAAAAGGCAAGGCAAGAGUUCGAAACGAACAGAACCAGGAUUCUACAGCUUUCAAAUCAUAUCCAAGACUGGGGCAUCAAAGGCAGCAUAGCAUUACCGCAGAUAAAACAGCUCGCCAAAAAUGCAGCACUUCAGACAAUCAAGGCCCAAAUCCUUACACAGAAUUCGGAAUUGGCAAUGCUGAGUACAAUUAUCACAUCAAACAACCGUCAAGUACCCAAGUGGCCCAAGAAUGGUGGACCGAUGAAACCAAAGUGA